AUGGCUGUACCGGGACCUCCUCUGCUUCUCCUUCUGUCUCUGCUGCUGCCGCUGCUGUUGAGCAAGGCAUCACUGCCCGCAGCUGCAUACACACUCACCCCCGGACGACAACCGCAGCACAAAGUCCUCCACCUGGACUGGCCUGAGGAUUGUGGUAUGGCUCACUUCAAACCCAACAUGGCUGAGAGGAUUGUGUCUGGGAACGAGGCCAGGCCUCAUUCCUGGCCCUGGCAGGUCUCUCUGCAGGUUCGUCCCAGGGGAAGUAAACAAUACAUUCAUGUGUGUGGAGGAACUCUGAUCCACAAGAACUGGGUCCUUACUGCUGCUCACUGCUUCCAGAAGGGUAAAGCUGAGGAUUCUGGGAGCUGGAGGAUCGUCCUGGGGAAGCACCAGCUGAAGCGUUCAGAGACAGCUGAGAGAAUUUUCCCAGUGAAGAGAAUCUACCGGCACGAGAACUUCCGUUACCCCGCUCACAGUGAGCUGGACUAUGACAUCGCCCUGGUGAAGGCUGCCACAGACAUCCUCCCCUCAAACUUCAUCCGCUACGCCUGCCUGCCGCGCAAGCAGACCAGCCUCAAACCGGGACACUACUGCUGGGUCACAGGCUGGGGAGACACUCGAGGCGGGAAGGAGAAUGUGUCUCUGGCAGAAGCCUUAAACCAAGCUCGCCUCCCCAUCAUCGACUUCAAGACCUGUCGACAAAAGAAAUUCUGGGGCGACCGUGUCCGAGACUCUAUGAUCUGUGCCGGGUUCAGAGAUACUGAGGAUCCACCUGCUGCAUGUCAGGGCGACUCUGGUGGUCCUCUGCUGUGCCAGCUGGGGCGGGACCGCUGGGAGGUGCACGGUGUGGUGAGCUUCGGCCCCAUCGGCUGCACCGUGGAGAACAAACCCAGCGUGUUCACCCGCACCGCCGCCUACAUCCCCUGGAUCGAGGCUACGCGCAUCAGGGACUUCUUCCUGCACUAAGAGGACCGCCUGAUUCAGCGCUGACAGCAAACAUAAGCUCUGUUUUGUUUCAUGUCCAACGUCUGCAGACGACCACAAACUGUUUUUUUUCUACAAGUCUCGCAGCCACAGUUCAGUUUUGUUUCACCAUUUCUGGAACUUAACGCAGCGGCCACUUCCAAGUUGUAAAUACGUGUUCUGAAUGUGCAAUAAUUAUUUUAUAACACUAUAUUUUACAGUGCACACUAUGCACUGCUGUGACUCUGGACAGCAGAAAGCUGAGACAGAGCACUGCAUAGUUUACACUGCUCAUGACCUUUUACACCAAGUCUACUUUGCGCAAUAAAACCGGUAAAAAGCAAAAAAGUUUUCCCAUUUUUUUUUAUUUAGUUUUUCAUACAGUGGGUUUUAUGGAGACACAUUAACAGCACGCACUUCCAGUAGAGCUUUACAGUGACUUCUUCUCGCACAGUAAAACAAAACCCACUACAGAUAACGCUUUAAUAAAUACAAGAGUAG